UUCUCAAAUUGGCCAUUAACGCCUAUAAAAGGAGGCUCUCUGUAACCCCAAUUCAUUCAUUGAUUUCUCAUCUCCUCAGAUUCUUCAAAAAAAACCUCUCAAGAUGCAAAUCUUUGUCAAAACCCUCACUGGAAAGACUAUCACCCUUGAGGUGGAAAGCUCAGACACCAUUGACAACGUUAAAGCCAAGAUCCAGGACAAGGAAGGCAUUCCCCCGGACCAGCAGAGGCUGAUCUUUGCAGGCAAGCAGCUUGAAGACGGCCGUACUCUAGCCGAUUACAAUAUUCAGAAGGAGUCAACUCUCCACUUGGUGCUCCGUCUUCGUGGUGGGAUGCAGAUCUUUGUCAAAACCCUCACUGGAAAGACAAUCACCCUCGAGGUGGAAAGCUCAGACACCAUUGACAACGUUAAGGCUAAAAUCCAGGACAAGGAAGGCAUUCCCCCAGACCAGCAAAGGCUGAUCUUUGCCGGCAAGCAACUUGAAGACGGCCGGACCCUCGCUGAUUACAACAUUCAAAAAGAGUCCACUCUUCACUUGGUGCUCCGUCUUCGUGGUGGAAUGCAAAUUUUCGUGAAGACUUUGACAGGAAAGACCAUCACCCUUGAGGUUGAAAGCUCCGACACCAUUGACAAUGUUAAGGCUAAGAUCCAGGACAAGGAAGGCAUUCCCCCAGACCAGCAAAGGCCGAUCUUUGCCGGCAAGCAGCUUGAGGACGGCCGGACCCUUGCUGAUUACAACAUCCAGAAGGAAUCAACCCUUCACUUGGUGCUCCGUCUUCGUGGUGGAAUGCAAAUUUUCGUGAAGACUUUGACCGGAAAGACCAUCACCCUUGAGGUUGAAAGCUCCGACACUAUUGACAACGUUAAAGCCAAGAUCCAGGACAAGGAAGGCAUUCCCCCAGACCAGCAAAGAUUGAUCUUUGCCGGAAAGCAGCUUGAGGAUGGCCGGACCCUUGCUGAUUACAACAUCCAGAAGGAGUCAACCCUUCACUUGGUCCUUCGUCUUCGCGGUGGGAUGCAAAUCUUUGUGAAGACCUUGACUGGCAAGACUAUUACCCUUGAGGUGGAAAGUUCUGACACCAUUGACAAUGUUAAGGCCAAAAUUCAGGACAAAGAAGGUAUUCCACCAGACCAGCAGAGGUUGAUCUUUGCCGGAAAGCAGCUUGAGGACGGCCGGACCCUUGCUGAUUACAACAUCCAGAAGGAGUCAACCCUUCACUUGGUCCUGCGUCUCCGUGGUGGGAUGCAAAUCUUCGUGAAGACCUUGACUGGCAAGACUAUUACCCUUGAGGUGGAAAGCUCCGACACCAUUGACAACGUUAAGGCAAAGAUUCAGGACAAAGAGGGUAUCCCACCAGAUCAGCAAAGGUUGAUUUUUGCUGGCAAGCAAUUGGAAGAUGGAAGGACAUUAGCCGAUUACAAUAUUCAGAAGGAAUCGACCCUUCAUCUUGUGUUGAGGCUCAGGGGAGGUAUGCAGAUUUUUGUGAAGACCUUGACUGGGAAAACCAUCACUUUGGAGGUGGAGAGUUCUGAUACCAUUGACAAUGUGAAGGCUAAGAUUCAGGACAAGGAGGGAAUCCCACCGGACCAGCAGAGGCUGAUCUUUGCAGGGAAGCAGCUUGAAGAUGGAAGGACUCUGGCGGACUACAACAUCCAAAAGGAGUCUACUCUGCACCUUGUCCUCCGUCUCCGUGGUGGUAUGCAGAUUUUUGUCAAGACCUUGACUGGGAAAACCAUCACUUUGGAGGUGGAGAGUUCUGAUACUAUUGACAACGUGAAGGCCAAGAUUCAGGACAAGGAGGGAAUCCCACCAGACCAGCAGAGGCUGAUCUUUGCAGGGAAGCAGCUCGAAGAUGGUAGGACUUUGGCUGACUACAACAUCCAAAAGGAGUCUACUUUGCACCUUGUCCUCCGUCUCCGUGGUGGUUUUUAGAGGGGUCUGUUGUCAAUGGUAGUGCCUGUGUCUUUGGUCAGUUUGCAGCAGUGUUUUGUUCAUGAACUAGUUUGUUUCCUUUUGUGAUCCUGUGAUGUUUCCCAACAGAUCAUAAACUUUCAUGUUUCUCUUUUAGUGAAUAAUAAUGUCAACAUUUUGAUGUUAAAAA